AUGGGCGAGGAAGGCUUCAAAACCGAUGACGUAAGAAUCCCUAUGGUGGAAAAAGGGUCUCUGUUCGGAAAGAGGUCCCCGCUCCGGAGUGACAAACCGUUCCCAAAAGUGUUCAGUGACAUGGAAGAUGCUGACUACUAUAUACAGGCAGCCAAACGACUACAGAAGAAAAACAACGGAUACAAAUUAAAAAUUAUAGUUAUUCCGUGGUAUUCAUGUGUUAUGUUAUUUCAAAUAAACUUGAUAAUAGUGAGGUUCAACCGACCCUGCCUUGAGAAGCAAGAGUCUUGUAACAUUAUGGAAGCUAGUUAA